AGCUGUGCUGAUGUCACUUCCUGUCUUGUCUCAGGGCAUCAUGCUGGUGUAUGACAUCACCAACGAGAAGUCCUUCGAUAACAUCAGGAACUGGAUACGCAACAUCGAGGAGCAUGCGUCUUCAGACGUGGAGAGAAUGAUUCUGGGAAACAAAUGUGACAUGAACGACAAGAGACAAGUGUCCAAGGAGAAAGGAGAGAAGCUGGCGAUCGACUACGGGAUCAAGUUCCUGGAAACCAGCGCCAAGUCGAGCAUCAACGUAGAGGAAAGCUUCUUAACACUCGGCAGAGACAUCAUGACCAGACUGAACAGGAAAAUG